AUGAGCACCACCACACACGGCGACAAUGCCAUUGACGUUGACCUUCCCGACGAAUCCACGCUACCCUUUCCCAAAAGCAACGAGGCACAAACGACCAACAUCAGCGACGACGACGACAACGACGGCGAGGACGACCCCAUAACCGCCUCUUAUCCCGUCUUUCUCAACCCCGCGCUGCCGCUGGGCCGCAGGCUGCUGGUGCUGCAGCACCCGAACCGAACAGACGAGAGCGGCGGCGCGCGCGCGCCGCCUUCAGAGCUGCGGCUCAAGGCUGAGAGCGGCAUGGUCGAGGUGGACAUGCCGCUCGACUACAACGAGGCGUACGACCGCGACAAGGGCCUGCGCUGGGGCCGCACGCUGCAGACGUCCAUGGCGGCCAAGAAUGGCGGCAGCCACGGCCUCGCCGGCGGGUUUGGCUUUGGCGCCGUGCAGCAGCGCGGUGGUGGUGCCGGUGGUGCCGGUGCAGGACGCAGGCGGAACGAGGUGGACGCGGAGGAUCUGAUUGACUGGAACGAGGCGGUGCGACAGGACAAGGUGCUGCGGACGCAGACGCUCGGAGGGCAGUACCCGGAUGCUGACGAGGUGCAGUACAUGGUUGGUGUUUUCCAAGGAAAGGAUUUGCACCUGACACCCGUGUCGUCCCUCGUGCACCUCCGUCCACAGCUACACCACCUCGACGCCGCCACGCAGCAGGAGCGCCAGGCCGCGGCCAAGGAGGCCGGCGCGAGCGGCGGUGCUCCUGGUACCGGCGGCGGCGCCGCCCCUGGCGGUCCCGGCGGCGGAAGCGGCCCUGCCGCGCGCGCCAUCCACAUGAGCAUCAAGACGACGGCCGACGGCGAGACCGUCACCACCGAGACCAUUGCCGACCGCCUGCGGUUCGUGCAGGGCGAGGCCUGGCGCAAGAUGCGCUACACCGACGAGAACGAAGAGGCCGCGUGGGAGGUCUACAACGAGAGCCUCUUCCUCAACGCCAAGCAUCACGACAAACCCAGCGAUAAGAAGAAAUCGACCGAGGAGAGCGGUGCUGCGCAGUCGCUAGAGGGCGCCGUGUCGACGUUUAGCUCGAAAUGGGAGAGCAACCAGCUGCUAGAGGCGGUGAGCGGCAUCAAGAAGCCGGAGCCUGUGGCGGCUGUACCUGCUGCGGCAAAGGACAAGGCGGCAGAGGACAAGGCCAAGCAGGACGCCAAGGAGAAGCUGGCGACCGAGGCGCAGACGGCCGCCAAGGCGGCGGCGGACAAGGCAGAGGAGGAGACGAGAAGGCCCAAGAGAGCACCCAGAGGCGGCGGCGGGCUGGGCACGGCUAGGCGUACAAGUAGAACAAAGUAG